AUGGUAGGUGCCACGGCGUGGGCACUCCAAGAAGGUCAACGAAAACAACUUGGGCACCCAAUCGAAAAGUCGGCGCCGUGUGUAAAGGCCCUUAUCCGAGACGUGCGGACGUACGCUGACAAAUGCAACGGGUCGUUGCGACCGGUGCCCAUCGCUCGCGACAACGUCGAUAUCGAUACCUCCUUGCACCCCCGUGCUAGUUGGCUCGGCUACUACGACUGCCCCAAAGACGGUAAUGAAAAAACCCGAGCGGAAUGGUACGACCCAACGAAGCAACACCAUUUUCAAGGUGCGAACAACGUAGGAUUGGGUUCACCCCAUAUGUCGAAUGUGACACGACCAUCCACGUCACGUAUGGUGCAACUCACCUAA